AUGUCCUCCUACAGACAGCUGUGCAACUACCAGUGCUACUCACCCUGCGAGGUGACCUGCCCGCAGCCCAUCGCCAAUGCCUGGAACGAGCCCUGUGUUACAUCAUGCGGUGACUCCAGGGCAGUGGUCUACCCACCCCCUGUUGUCAUCACUUUUCCGGGGCCAAUUCUCAGCUCCUGCCCUCAGGAAAGUGUAGUGGGAUCCUCAGCACCAGCUGCCAUCGGGAGCUCGCUUGGCUAUGGGGGAUCUUCUGGCUACAAAGGCUCUUUUGCUUACGGGGGAUCACAGGAAAGCAAGUUCUCCUACCCUUACUGUUCCCAGAGGCGCAGUGGUUAUUGCUUUAGAAGGUGGGAGCCCUGCCAGACCCAGAAGGAGUAUACUUGCACCAAGGAUUCGGUAUCCUGUCAGGAUACUGAAUGCAAGAUCCAAACUCAAGAGUAA